AUGAAGUACAAGUCCGUACGGCAUCGAAUACUUGUUUUUUCGACUGUAUCCAUUCACCCCCUCUCCAUGGACAUGCACAUUAUGUGUGUUUUGGUACCAUACCUCCUAGAAAACUCGAAUCGGCUAUUCGCGAGGUUGCGUUAUUUGGCUGUCGCAAUCUUGUGAAUCUAUUGCGAAUCGCUAAACAUUGCUCCAAUGGACACAGAACUCCUUCUACUCUGCUAUGCUGGUCACUCGUUGACGUACUAUCUCUGGUCAUGCUCUUUUCCCUGAAAAGCCCAGUCUCCGACGCAUCAGACAGCUCCUCUGCCUUGGAUUCCAUUCAAACUGAAUUGGACCGCUGGAAGAAUUUGAUAUUUUCUUUCGAUAUGGACGAGAAAAAUUCUGGCAGCUCCUCUGAUCCCUCUUCUUCUAAUCCCCAAAGAUCACGUUCUCCGCCGGGCGCGUCUGGCUCACGAGAUAAUAACACUAGGGACCUUCAGGACGCAGUGCUCCUUGCUCAGUUUGCUGCGUCUUCCAACUCCCAUCAAGUCAAUGGACCACUGGAUCCGUCCGUUGUUGCGCUCUUGCAGGCCUUGCAAGUCGUCCAAGGCCAGAGAUAUCCUCCCCCAAAUCUUCAAGGAAGUCUUCCCCCAGGGAUACCGUUGCAUUUACUCGGAGCUCUUCAACAAAGUCAGGCGCAACAGUUCCCGAAUGUGCCGUGGCCUCAACAACAAUCCCCUUCUUCCGGUGGCUUAUUCCCUAAUCAAAAUCCCAGCGCAGGAUUCCCGCCACAUAUGUUGCCUUACUUUUACGACCAGAUGUCUCAGUCAAACUACUACCAUGUACCUCCUCCUCAGGGGACACCAACACAAUCGGCAGCCUCCUCAUCGACUGCUACUCGUCCUGCAGCUUCUCCCCCAGAUACAGACUCUCUAGAAGGUGGCGCUGACGACAAACGCAAACGAAACACAGCGGCUUCAGCUCGAUUUAGGAUCAAAAAGAAGCAAAAAACCCUCAAUCUUGAAAGAUCUGUGUCAGACCUUACUGGGCGCGCAGAAGAGUUGGAGAAAGAAGCCGCUGACCUCAGAAGAGAAAAUGGGUGGUUGAAGGAGAUUGUCAUGCUGAAAGGGAGUCGAUUAGCCGGCGUGCAUUUGACUCCAGAUACGGUGUCCUCGUCGAUGUGGGAUCAUGGUCAGGCUGCAACGUUAAGCCCAAGCGGGGACAAGCCUUCCGCUGAGGAGAAAGAUGGAGAUUCAGACUCGAAUGACGAUUCCUCCGACUCGGAGUAUACUGGUGAAGGACGGGUGAAGGGCAAAGGCAAAGGCAAAGGCAAGGCAAGAAAGAGAUGAGCAGCGAUUGGGGAGCGUCGUUGAUGGGUCACUUGCAGCUUCUUCACGGACGAGAAGAUAUCAUUACUUCACUAGCUGGCACGCUGAUGGGGUGGUUGGAAACGUUGUCGGACGUCUACUGUAAUUGUGCAAAUACCUGUUGAUUCCACUGUUAUACACGAAGCAUCCGUGUAUGUGCUCGAUAGAUUACUGACAAGUAUGGUAUUUAUUCUCUCAAACUUUUCUCGUUCUAGCCAAUGAGCUGCUCUAUAUGACUGAUGUGGUC